CUCCUCCAACUACAACACAAGAGAGAGAGAGAGAGGGGGAGAGAAAGACAGAGUCUAGCCUUUGCUUUGAUUGUUCUUCCUAGGCCUGCUCGUCCCCAUCAUUGGCGACCCAUUUCUUCACAAUUCCGAAUUUUCAUUUCAAAAUCCAUUACAUUUUGAACGUUCUAGAGGGGAUAGAGUAGACGGAGAUGGAAUUUAAAGGGACCCUUUUUGUGGGUCGGGUGUCGUACUUCACCAAACUGUCACAUCAUAGUCCUUUGUGAUUCUUCUUUAUCGCCACUGGUAUAAAGCAAGAAACUUCGUGAUCUGUCGCUGAACUCCUCGAUCUGGGCCUGCUUUCUCACUUCUUCUGCUCUCGGUGGAAGGAGAUUAUGGAAUGUACCGUUCUUGCAGAUUUGAGGUAAGACUUUGUUUUCUCAUUUUGUUUUGCUUGCUGGGUAUCUCUGGUUAAACUGGUCUGAUUAAUCAAUGGAAGAAAAGCAAAGGAAGAAGUUUGUUUGCAAGUUUUGCAACAAAAGGUACCCAUCCGGGAAGGCCUUGGGUGGGCACAUCAGAACCCACAUGAAUGGGAAUUCAGCUGAGAAAGAAGAAGCAGAAGUUAAUGGAAAGGGAAUGAAAUUUCCAUCUAUGGAUGGCGGAAGCAAGAACAAGAGAGAUUCAGGGUCCGAAACUGGCGGUUGGAAUUCCAGUUACGGUCUUAGAGAGAAGCCCAAGAGAACAUGGAGGUUUGUGGAUUCGAGUUCUAGUUCAUUGCAUGAAAGGAUUUGUAAAGAAUGUGGCAAAGGCUUUCAGUCGUUGAAAGCUCUCUGUGGUCACAUGGCUUGUCACUCCGAGAAAGAGAAGAUGAAUGAGAACCAGAAACUAGAAAUUGAUAGUCAAUCAGUUACCAGGACAUCGGCUUCGGGGAAGCUUAGGAGAUCGAAAAGAACGAGGUACAAGACUCUUGAGGAUUACCCUUUGGCAAACGGUUCUUCAUCUGUCUCGGAGAUUGAACAAGAACAAGAAGAGGCGGCUUUGAGUUUGAUGAUGUUUUCAAGGGACUCUGGUUGUAGAGCUGGUUUGAGUUCGGUGGUGGAAUAUUCCAAUAACAAUUCAGUGGUUUUAGAGGCCAAAUCAUCGACUAUCGAGGUGAAAAUUACAAUGAAGAAUGGUGGGAAUUAUGCAUCUGACAUGAAUCAAUCUGUUAAGCCGAAGAAGCAAAGUGAUGAUUUGAGAACUUAUGAGAUUAGUUUUUCCGAUAAUUCUGAUUCUGGGUAUUUUAAUAAUGGACCCAAAAAGGCUGAAUCAGAUGUUUCUGUGGAUGGAUCUCCUACGAGUGGUGAAUUGAAGAAGCCCAGAGAGGAAUAUAGAUCUGGAGCUGGAGGCUUUAAUGCUGAAUUGGCUAAAAUUUCGAACAGAUUCAAUUGUGUGACGUCUGAAUUCGGGGGAUUGAUUAGAAAUGAAGGAUAUGAUCAAGUGGGGAGAGCUUUCGUGGUGGGUAAUUCGAGAAUGAGAACCAAAAAGGGUUCUCAUGCUCAGAAGCGAAAGAAAUAUGAGUGCGAGAAUUGUAACAUGUUCUUCCAUUCUCGUCGGGCUCUGGGAACGCACAGAACCACCCAUACACAGAUAAAUGGGUGCUGGGAGUCUAUAUAUGAUAGUGGCGAAAACAACACAGACACUGAUCAUUCUCUUCCUCUCCCAAAGCAUUGCAGUAAAACCCUCGAGUCUUGCGGUGUCAAAAUCUCAAAAAAUCAAAGCAUCUCUGGCCAUUCUGACAAGCCAAAGAAAAGCAAGGGGCAUGAGUGCCCAAUCUGCUUCAGAGUUUUCAGGUCGGGACAAGCUUUAGGUGGUCACAAGAGGUCUCAUUUUUUCGGAGGUUCUGAAGAAAAAACUAUUAUCAUCGAGCAAGAACUCCCUGAGUUUCCUGGCCUAAUUGAUCUUAAUCUUCCUGCACCCACUGAGGAAGAGGCAGAUGGACAGGCUGAGUUCAUGCCAUGGUAGGUUGCAAACAGCCACAAGCAUGACUUUGCUGGUGGUUAGCUUUUAAAUUCUCGGUCAUACUUCCAUGAUGAUGUGAGGGUGUACAGACAAGUUGGCCAGAUUUUUUGGUUUUUCAUUUUGAAUUUUUGCUUCAGAUUCAAGGGUGUUAGGUAGAGCUAAAUGUUCCAUUACUGCUUCUUCACUGUAAGCAGCACUCUUUCCUGCACUUGAAUAUCAUUUCUUUAGUUGUUUAAUGUUAUUAGAGCAAUGCGAUUCGUCCUAAAUUAUGCCAUCUCAAUCACACACGUACGUAACAUGGCACAUUUUAAGUGCUUGGUGGGUAAAUUGAAAUCAUUUAAGUUGUGCUACAUAAGUAUGAUCGAAGAUGACAAGAUUUAGGAGUAAGAGUGGCAUUAUGGUUGAUGUUAUUAACUCCAGAAUGUUGAGUUCAUUCGUCUACAGCAGCGCAAACCCAACAUACGUGUACUGAAUUAAAUUCUUCAUUUCUUGAAGUUCUUUCGCUGUAAUUAGCCUCGUCUAAUGAAAUAUACUUCCAUACGCUGCAAAAAUCUCUGAACAUUUCUCAGCUUUGAAUCUUGGAUAGCGUACGUGAUAUUGGAUGGGGAUGGGGUUGAGCUAGGCCCUGGUUUCAAAAGCUUCCCAUGAAAAGGAUCUGACGUCAAUCCCCUAUAUAAUACACACACACACACACACGAUCACUUGAACAAAUUUCACUGCUGAAAUACUUUUGUCAAGUGUAAUAGAGAGUCGAGGACCACCUGCUUUUGAUGGGGGGUUAUAAAGUUUCGUUCUUAAGGUUGUAAGGGAAGGUUCCUCUUGAAGUUCGAUGUCUACCAGUACUGUGUUUUCACGUUCAUAAUACACUGUCAAUAUUGGUGAAGUCCCAACUCAUUUUUCCCUGCAAUUGCUGCCUGCAACGUGCGCAUCUGAUAUUAUCCCACUCUGACGGGCAGAAUUUCCCACAGAAAUUUGGCUGGAUUAGUGAUGUCUCUAAUGGUAAUGGCCCUACUUCUUCUUGUUCCUUUAUUCAACCAAAUUCCUUGUAUUUAGUGCAGACAAGGGCUACAAUUCAGUUAACUUUGUGAAACAGGACGUCUGUCGAAGAUUCUGCAUUUCACAUACUUAAAUGGGUCGGCAAAAAAAGGGGAAUAUUUUUGAGUGGUUGAGUAAAUUUCUCGAGCUCAAAGGCUUGAUUGGGAUAAUAUCUAUGAAAGGAAUUAAAGUCGAAGCACUUGUCAUUAUUCCAGGGUGAAAGAGUGAGUGGAAGGAGGAGGAGGUGGCUGUUGUACUGAUCGAUCUGCAAUAUCAUCCCAUUUAUCUUCUGCAUCUUUCCGAUUCUAAUUAUUCUUUUUUUCUGGGUCUGGAAAGGGACAACUUUUUCUAGUUUAUUAUCUCAUGGGGCUCAGGUCAGCUUGCAUCGGGCAGAAUCAAGAAGCACUGCAAGAGAAUCAGCUCUCAUAAUCUGUGAAAUGGAUUGGAGUCAGCUUGCUUGCUUGCAUAAUUAUUUGAAUCAGGAACAGCUGGGAAGUAGAAACUCUCACGCAAGCGAGGUGCUGAUUAAAGUGGGUUUUGAAUAUGGGUUGUCCUCGUUGCUCCUCUCAAAAAUUCAGAAACUAUGUGGGAAAAGAAGACAAGCAAUUUAAUAAAGGGACUUGUAAUGGGUCUGCCAUUAUGCAGCAAUGUCCAAGUCCAUUGCCAUUUCGACGAAAGUGCUGCUGCUGCUGCUGCUAGGACUAAACAGUUUUUUUAAAGACUUUUUAACUUUAUAUCCAAUCAACUCCAAGGCAUAAUACGGCUUUGCUUGAAGUAAACCGACAUGUUACUUCGACAUGUACGUGGGGUUAUACUUUAUUGUCUGCGGUGGGAGAGCCAUUGGAAUUACACUCAUUUUCUUUUUCUUUGCCA